GAUCAACAAGAAGCGGCAGAGGAUUGUGGAGGUGUACUGAGGGACGCUUUGUCGGAGUACUGGGAGGACUUUUAUCUGAUGAACACAACCGGUGGGAACGUGAAAGUGCCGUUUUUUUCGGGACAUGAUGAAGAAGGAAGAUUGGCAAGCCUGUGCGAAAGUGCUGGUAAUGGCAUACAAGCAGGAGGGAUACUUUCCAUAAAAGCUGGCACAACCUUUCCUGUUGUUCACUAUUGCGACGACAACGAGCACCGCUCGCUUCUCCCUAUACCUUUUUGGAGUACGUGCGUGACUCUGAAAGGGAGCUGCUCGAAGAUGCUAUGCAAAACUUCAAUGAGGUCGACAAAGAUGAACUGCUUGACAUACUGGAAAUCUACAAAGUCCAGAAACAUGUCAGGAACGACAACAUCAAGCACAUAUUGGAGGAUGCAGCACACAGAACCAUCAUUGAAGCUAGCUCUUACAUCUGCAGAUGUUGGCAUGCAUUGUUCGUCAUCAACGAGCUCAGACCCGUCUUGAGAGCCAACUUGGCAGAUGUGUGCAAGCAGGCACUUCCAACCGACACCAUCAUCCUGCCCAACCCAGCUACCGAAGCCGAAAGAAACACUGGUAAACUUCUACUGAAAUACGUCAGAAGCCUUUCAUCUGAGAAGCUGGCAGCCUUCCUGAGAUAUACCACAGGAGCCAACCUCAUGCUGGGACGGAAGAUCACAGUCAGGUUCGUGCAACAGACAGACUUUGAGAGACGCCCCGUGGCCCACACGUGUGGAUACCUGCUGGAGUUAGCACCAAUCUUCAAGGACUAUACCGAGUUUCGAUCGGAGUUUAAUGCAGUCCUGGAUGCGAAGAUCUGGGUUAUAUUGUGUAUGGCACACGACGUCGUGUGAAUCUAGUGGCCUGGUUGUCUGAUAGUCAUUGUAUGCCUCACGUGGGCAGUUUUACAUCCAGCCGAUAAUAGGCCGUGCCACACGGUAAUGAACUCUAAAAUCGUGACCGAGAUAACUUCGAGCUGAUGCUUUGAUUCUCUCUCAGCAUACAAACUUACAAGAAGUAACUAAACUAUUUUGAUAAAUUAUAGGUCCACCGGCACCAAGUCACUCCGUGAGGUUGGGGUUGGGGUUGGGACACAUUUUUUUUUUUACAUUUACAGCUUUUACUGAAAUUAUAAGGGGCCAUGUUAUGUAUGUGAAUUACUAUUGGUAGUGUUGUGACUAUUUUAGCUGAUUUAAAAUGUUUCCGACACCCUACUAAGCAUUUUAUGUUAUACUUUCGUUAAAACCGGUUUACCGAAGUAACAGCCCCAAAAGUGUGCGAUGGGUUAGACCGGUAAGCGACUCUUUGUGUUAUGUGUACAAAAUUCCCUUUAUGUGCCAGGCUCGUAUACGGGAA